AUGAAGAAAAUUUUAGUUGUUGGAGACCUUUAAGGAAAUUUUGAAGGUUUGGCUCAAAAAAUUUAGAAUUUUAGUAAAAAAGGGCAGGAAUUCAAUUUUGCUGUAUGCGUUGGAUAAACUCUCUCUUUAGAGAUUUCAUUGUAGGAUUACAAAAAAUCUGGAGUAGAAAUGCCUAUCCCUGUAUAUUUCAUAGACUGCAGUGAGAUGUGCUAAUGCUUAAAUCAUUUAUACCCUACUGGUACAGAAAUUGCAAAAAAUAUAUUUUUCCUAGGCAGGUCAGGAAUAUAGGAAAUAUAAGGAUUGAAAGUAGCCUUUUUAAAUGGGCUAUAAUCAAAUAAAUAUUCUGAGUUCUACACAGAAUUGCAUUCAUAAAAGUCUUCAUUCACAGGUCCUUAUUAUAGUUUGCAAGAUAUCAAGCUUUUAGAAGAGGAAGUAAAGCUUUCCAAUCAAUUUAUGGGAGUUGAUAUAUUUUUGUCAAAUGAAUGGCCUGAAGGCUUUGAAAAAUAUACUACUUUUAAUGAGGUAGUUAAGAGAAAAUCUAUUCAUAUUACUAAAAUUGCAUAAAAGCUUAGUCCUCGUUACCACUUCUGUGCUUUGGAAGACAAAUAUUAUGCAAGAUUUCCAUAUUAAAAUGAACAAGGUCAUUUAAGUAGAUUGGUUUGCUUAGGAAAAUGGAAAUCAUAGCAAAAGCAUAUUUCAGCAUUUCAAAUAACACCAAUCAGCAAAACUCCUCUUGAAGAGCUUAAACAAAUCACAGACGAUUGUACUUAAAACCCAUAUACUCAUUUAACUAAGCCCCCAGUAUAAUAAAAAGUAAAAGAUACUUCACUCUCAAUAUAGUAAUAAAUUGAAAACGAAUUAAUGAAAGAGGAAGAAGAAAGGCUUGAUAAGCUAGAAAAAAGCUAAGGAGAAACUGAGGACUUAAUAAAACCAUACUAGCCUAAUGGUAAGUAAGAAAAGCAUUCUAUUAACUUAGAAUAAAAUUAAACUAUCCAUUUUAGUGGAUUUGAUUACAGAACUAAUGAUGAUGAUAUCAUUGAGUUCCUUUCUAGAUGGGGUACAAUUUCUAAAAUAAAUUUAGUUUAUGAUGAUCACUCAAAAAAACAUAAAGGUUAUGGUUUUGUUGAGUAUAAAGAUCUUUAAGUUACAUAAAAAGCUCUAAAUGAUUCAGAAAAAUAUUCUCUGCACUCCAGAAAGAUUAAAUUUAAUCUUGCAAAUAACAAUAAAUCAAGUCAGUCAAAGUAAAAUGAUAAAUGUUGGUUUUGCUAUUCUAACCCUAAUAUUGAUAAGAGUCUUAUUUUUUAUGAGGGGAAACAUUGUUAUUUAGCAUUAGAUAAAGGCCCAUUGAGUAAAAAUCACUUUAUGAUUGUACCUUAUGAUCAUCUUUCUAGCACUUUAGAAUUCUCUUAAGAAUUACUUGAUGAAAUUUCAAAAAUAAAAAAGAAUUUGCUAUAUAUCUUUGAAAACGGAUACAAUUAAGGGCUUGUUAUUUAUUAAAGAUAUGUAAAACUUUCUCCAAACGUCUCACAUAUAUUGAUUAAUUGUGUACCAUUAGAUUAGAACUAAGUAACACAAUUUUAAAGUAAUUUUGAAUCUAUAGUCAAACAUUAGAAAAUUGAUUUCUUCAAAUUAGAGGCAAAUGAGCAAAUUUCUAGCUGCGUAGGAGAAAAAGAAUAUUAUUUUAAUAUUGAUAUUUAUCUUUCUUAAGAUACUUUCAAAAGAUAUUUAUAUGUGUUUAAAGAAAAUGAAAGAUUUCCUUUAGAUUUUGGAAGAUAAAUCAUUUGUGAAAUACUAAAAAUGCCUCACAGGCUUAACUGGAAAACUUGUUAAUUAACUAAUGACGAGUAAAAUGAAUGUAUUUCCGAAAUGAAAUUCAAUUGCCAAAAGUUUAAAUGA